AUGGUCGAAUGUGGCAUUCCACGUCAUUAUCCUAAUAGUGAUGGGAUAUGCAUCAAUGGUGGUGUGUAUUAUUCAGCUUGGGUUAAUAACUCGGCUCGUGCGAUAGUUUGCUUUGAUGUGAGACGCAGAGACGCAUCAAUGGUCGAAGCAUGUAUCUGUAUUGCCACUACAUCUGUGGGAGAAUGGUGGUUAUACAUUGUUGGAGUGGCUGGUGGUACCGAUGAAGUUGUCUUGUGGUCGGAAUCUGUAAAUCCGUUGUAUGUUUACUACUACAACAUGGAGAGGAACACUUUCAGAAGAGUUGAGAUCAAAGGAAUGGACGCGGUUAGGGACUAUACAGAGUACAUGACUCUAGACUAUGUAGAGGACGUGAAGCUUAUGGAACAUGUUUAG